AUGGCUCCAGCCAACAAGAAGUCCAACCCUAAGAAGGGCAAGGGCAUUGCUGACCGUAGGGCUAGUGAGGGCCCGAAAAGCAAUAGUAGUGUCGUGAAGACGGCGACGUCAAAGGCAGCUGAUGAGGAUAAGGAUGAGAGAUUCGUGAUGGAUACCGCGCGGUUCAAUAAGGUCCCUAUGGCCGUACGAAAGGUCCAACUGGAUGAUCGCUUCUCGAAAGUGUUGACGGAUAAGAAGUUCUCGGCCGGAGGUGAUAUGAAGCGAUUCUACGCUACGGACAAGGAGAUUGGUGACAGGGACGCCGAUGAGGAGGAUGAGAGGAGACGGGGCGUUACGGGCAGUGGCUUUGUGUGGAACGAAGUCUCCAGUGAUAGUGAUGAUGAUUCUAGUAGUUCCGAUGAGGAAGCCGCCAGUGAAGUUGAAUGGAAUAAAUACAACGAAGAAGCGCAAAAAGCUAACGUAUGGUCCUAUGGGGACGAGGAUGACACCAAGGAGGCCCAGGGGGAUGCCAGUCGCCGAUUAGCAGUCCUUGGGCUGAACUGGGAUGAAGUAGAGGCUCAGGAUAUCUUCGUAAUGUUCCAGACCUUCCUAGACUCAACUCAGAAGAAUGUCGCUGGGGGCAUAUUCCCGUCUGAUUACGGUUUGAAGCGAUUAAAGGUUGAGAAGGUCCGAGGACCUGUGCUAGACUCCGACAUAGAGGAGCUGGACGCGGGUGAGUCUAGUGCCAGUGAUACCGAUAAGGAACCUGAUAUGGAGGAGGAGAGGCUCAAGAAGGCAAAGGAAGUUGCCGACCCGAAGGCCCAUUUAGCACAGCUUGCAUUGCGGAAGUACCAACGUCAGAGAACGAAGUACUACUAUGCUAUUGCGGAGUUUGAUAGUGUGGAUACUGGAGAGCUCGUAUAUAAUGAGCUGGAUGGUAUCGGAGCUUCCUUCUGCUCGAUGAUGAUGGACUUGAGAUUUGUUCCGGAUGAACUGGAAGAAUUCCCUCACGCCCCUACGAGUACUUGCACUGAGAUGCCCAAGAAGUACCAGAAGGGCAGCAGCGACAACCAGCAAGCCCAGUCCCACACGAGUGCCAAGUGUGCCUGGGAUGAGCCCGCUCCCGAGAGGCGCUUCCUGUCCAAGAAGUUGACCCCGGAGGACAUCGCUGAGAUCGAUCUGGAUGCUUACCUUGCUUCCUCUGAUGAGGACUCGGACUUGAACGAGGAUAAUGUAGAGGAUUAUAGGAAACAGUUAUUGGGAGGGGAGCUCAGUGAUGACGACGAUGAAGCUGCACCGGCCUCUACAGAGAAGGAGGACCCCACUGCUGGUAGGGGGAGGGGGGUGACGGUGUCAGAUAGGAAUAGUUUUGUAUCAGGCGAAAUGACGUUUAAGGUGAAUACCACGACUCAAGCUCUUGCGGAGGAGGUGGAGGCUAGGGCAUCAGCGUUGAAGGAAAGCGGUCAUCUUGGGCAUGCUGGAUUGGCUGCUGCUGAGAAGAAGAGCCCUUGGGAGCAGUACUUAGAGAAGAGGCGACAGAAGGAUAAGGCGAAGCGAGAGAAGAGGCUCGAGGCUAGAAUGACCGCAGAGGAGGAGGAUGCGAAAUCGUCUAAGGCUGAGGCCGGUCACCGAAGGGAGGAGCUUGAGCUUAUCACUGGGCAUAAGGAAUCUGAGGAAGGCCCAGAGGCUAAGGCCAAAGACAUGGAUGUACCCUCUACACCAGUUAAUGUGAAUGAUCCUCGUUUCUCCAAGAUGUACGAUGAUACUGCCUUUGCUAUUGACCCGACCCAUCCAGAAUUCAAGAAGACUAAGGCUAUGACUCAGCUCAUGGACGCCCGUAUUGAGCGGAAGAAGCAGUUGAAGCGGUCGAGGAAACCGGCCAUCUCGAAAUCUAAGGUCAGCAACUUGGACAAGAGGCUGGGCCUGACUGGGCCUGACGAUGGUGUUGAUUUGAAAACGGAUGGUAUGAAGCUAUUGGGAAGGUCUAAAAAGAAGCAUCGUUCAUCCAAGUAG